CCUACAGUGGGUACUUCUAACUAACACCACGCGUCUCGAAAACUUUCUUUGCAUCACUUGUAGCUAACGUGUUCGUUGAUAAGAUAAAACAAAAACGCUUAGAAACGCUUGUAGCAUUUUGCGAAAAUUCGUCGAGGUUAAUUUUUAGUAUACCUAUCCACAUAACACGUAACUAUGGAUAUUUAUUGUUUAUACGCGAGAAUCCUGAGAAGAAAAUCUUCACGUUGACCUAUUUUCUUUUUCCAACUUUGAAAUGUCGAGUAUGUGGAAUUUAAACGUUUCAGACACAAGCGAUUUUCUUUCAAUAAAAGAACCGACGAGCAUUGUUUACCCAUGUCAAACUACAUUUUCAACAGGAGUGUUAAACAUGUUGCCUACUACCUCUUUUGACUGGACGUCAUAAAUACGAAAAACAAAUAUGUACUAGUAGAGUAUAGUAAGUGUAGUAUACAAAUGAAUUGGUGUCUACAGCAAUCAAUUGGUGAAUGCAGUGAAGUGAAAAUUAUAAAAUGAUCGGAAAAUUUAUUCAAAGUGGGCUAAUAAAAGAGGUAGUUUAUUCGUGUGUGAUUCUCUCAACGUAUUUGCUAAAUGGUGUAAACCGAAGCUACUUGGCGUUUUUAUUUCAUCAACUCGAUUCACCAGGCUCUUCCAUUGCUGUCAAUGACGAGCAAAAAUCAUGGAUAGCCGCCUUUAUAAACUUACUGAGUCCAUUGGGAUGUUUCAUUGUUGGGAUUAUGAUGGACACUUUCGGGAGAAAGAUCAGCGUACAAGUGAUAUUCAUACCAUUUAUCAUUUCAUGGUUAAUGAUAGCUUUUGCUAAGAAUGUUUCCAUGUUUUAUGCAGCGACCUUGAUACAAAGUAUUAGCGUAGGAAUGUCCUAUGGUACCUCAAUCUACGUAUCAGAAAUAUCAACAGCUGAUCACCGAGGAGCACUGCUAGGCACAAUCGAAAUACUUUUCAAUUUAGGUAUUCUACUCUGCAAUCUCCUCAUGUACUAUUUAAAAUGGUCAACGGUUUCUCUGAUCUUCACCGUCGUAUCAGCAGCCACUCUUCUGAUGACUUUAAUACUACCAGAAUCUCCCACAUGGUUAUACUUGAAAGGACGUAAGGAAGAAGCUAUCGAUACUUUGACUGCAAUUAGAUGUCAAGAUCGAGACUCAAUCAAAACUGAAAUAGAUGACAUGGAGAAUUACAUGUCAUCUCACGUAAAAACCAAACUCACCCAAACAAUCAAAAACUUCCUACGUUCGUGGAGACAAUUUUUCAUCGUGUUGACUAUGUUCAUCCUGCAGCAAAACACAGGAUAUGCUAUAUUGACCAUGUUCAUCAUUAUGAUAGUCGAUCGUCUACAUAUUCCUUACCGAAGCACAGACGUCGCUCUCUUGUAUUCGGUUACUUGCUCUAUUGCAGGUUUUAUAACACCGUAUGUUAUGUAUAAAUUCAAUCGUAAACCUACUUUGGCCAUAUCUGCAAUCGGAAUGUCAGUUUGUGCUGCAGUUGUACCAAUCUAUCAGCAUUUCUUCGAGUCAUACGAUGAGAAACCAUUCUCUUGGAUUAUUCCAGUAGCUUUAUGCUUGUAUGUAAUAUCUUGUAGUAUCGGAGUUCUUCCGGUAGGCUUCACCAUAGCUGGGGAAUUAUUUCCAAAUGAAGUUCGAGGUGUAAUGAAUGGUGUGCAAGGAGCGAUCGCAUAUUUCUACUGUUCAUUGUUGUAUAAAAUCUCACCUUGGUAUUUGACCGCUUUUGGAGCGUCUGGGGUAAUGUGGACGUUUUCUGGGUUCUCUAUGUUGACUGCAUUGUUCAGCGUGUUUAUUUUACCAGAAACUAAAGGUAAGACUUUGAACGAGGUGCAGGAGAAAUAUUUCAAAAAGAAGCGAUAACGAGGAUAAAAAUCAAGUGAUUUCGUUUUGGUGUAGAAUAGAGCUUUCUUAUCAUUAUUUUAUUGCUAUAUAUAUAUUUUUUCAAAUUCUUACUUCUGUGAUGAGAAUUCCCUUAAAUAAAACUAUUAAGACUGAA